CAGCUGCUCCCGGGAGAAAAGAAAAGCCUUUAUAAAAAGCAUCAUUCUUGUGUGUGUUUUUUUUAAUUAUUAUUGGAUUUUUAAGUGCUCCUUAUGCAUCUAUUUAAGAAGUUGAGAGUCUAUUUUGGAAUUUGGAUUACAUGCAUCCAUUGUUCCUCCAACCCCUCUUUACCUUGAUGAACACUUGAUCAUUAUCUUGGUGACAAUCUGACCAUGGCUACUAUGGGUUCAUGGAGAGAGUUCCUCUUCCUUCAUCUCAUUCUCGUAAACAUAGAAUCUACUUUGGAGUUAGGUUUAUGGAGUGAUCUCACAUACUUCGAUACUGGAUCUGGCAAUUAUUCAACUAAUAGUACAUACCAGACGAACCUCAACACCCUCCUCUCUUCCCUUUCCAGCAGGACCGAUGGAUAUGGGUUUUACAGUUCCUCAUUUGGCGACAAUCCGGACAAAGUUUAUGCAAUUGUGCUUUGCAGAGGAGACGUUGAGCUCGUUACCUGUCGUAGUUGUAUCAACAAUUCCACUAUUAACCUCCCACAACUGCUUCCUAAUUCCAAGGGGGCGAUUGGAUGGUAUGAGCAAUGUAUGCUGCGUUACUCGAACAAGUCCAUGAAUGGCAUUAAAGCAACUCAUCCGUAUCAAGUACUGUAUAGCGGCGUAAAUGCGUCGAGCAUGGAAGAAUUUAAGCAGGCACGGGGAAUCUUGUUGGGCGAUCUCCGCGACAAGGCAGCGUCGGGUGGGGACCUCAGCAAGUUCGCGACGGGGCAGAAGAUUACUGGUCCGGAUUAUGUUCAGACUAUAUAUGGACUAAUGCAGUGCACACCUGAUUUGUCCAAAAUGGAUUGCAACAAUUGCCUCCAAUGGGCUGCACGAGAGAUUACGCAGUUAGGUGCUCCGACAGGAUGGAGAAUUUUGGCACCUAGCUGUACUCUUCGGUACGAGCUCAAUCUUUUCUAUAAUGAUACACCACCAGCCACAUCAGCAGCACCCCCGCCAGCCCCUCCCCCGGCGCGCACUUUUGCUCCUCCUCCGCCAUCAGCCAAUUACGUGACAACAAAGCAAGGAAAGAAAGAUAAUACAACUCGAACGGUCAUCAUUGUUGUUUUGACAAUAAUUCUUGUGAUAGGACUCAUUGUCUACAUUUGCGUCUUUUUAAGAAAGAGGAAGCAGAAGAAGAAGCCAAAGCAGGAGGUUGAAGUUGGGGAUAAAAUUAGCAUUGUGGAAUUGUCGCAAUACGAAUUUGAAACUAUUAGUGUUGCAACGGAUAACUUCUCUGCUAGUAAUAAGCUUGGACAAGGUGGAUUUGGUGCCGUUUACAAGGGUAGGCUUUUGAAUGGACAAGAAAUUGCAGUGAAGAGGUUGGCUAAGGAAUCUUUACAAGGAGAAAUAGAGUUCAAGAACGAGGUUAUGCUACUGGCCAAGCUUCAACACAGGAAUUUGGUUAGGUUGCUUGGUUUUUGCUCGGAAAGAACAGAAAGGCUUCUUAUCUACGAGCUUGUGCCCCAGUCAAGCCUUGAUCACUUCAUAUUCAAUCCAACCAGGCACAAAGAAUUGGGUUGGGAUAGACGUUACAAGAUCAUACUAGGCGUUUCUCGGGGACUUCUUUAUCUUCAUGAAGAAUCACAACUAAGAAUCAUUCAUCGUGAUCUCAAAGCCAGUAACGUUCUCUUAGAUGAUGACAUGAAUCCCAAAAUUUCAGAUUUUGGCAUGGCAAGAUUGUUUAUGGUGGAUGAAAGUCACUGGAGUACAAUCAAUAUUGCAGGGACCUGUGGAUAUAUGGCUCCAGAGUAUGUACUGCAUGGGCAAUUCUCGGUUAAAUCAGAUGUCUUUAGCUUUGGCGUCUUAGUUCUUGAAAUUCUAAGUGGCCAGAAGAACAAGUUUUUCUGUAAUGAGGAGAACAUAGAGGGACUUUUAAGCUACGCAUGGAAAACUUGGAGGGAAGGAACAAAUUCAAAUCUCAUAGACCCUGCAUUGAGGGUUAAUUCAGGUUCCUUGCCGGAAAUGAUAAGAUGUAUUCAUAUUGGGUUACUGUGCGUCCAGGAAAAUGUUGCAAAAAGACCGACUAUGGCUGAAGUUGUUCUAAUGCUAAGUAGUUCCUCCCUCAGCCUUAAGGUACCAUCAGAGCCUGGUUUUUUUCUGCAUAGUGGUAGCAACAAUGCAAAGUUACCAUUGCUUCAGGAGAACAGGUCUGAAUUGGCCGUGUCGGAUCAUUCGAUAAAUGAAGUAUCAACUACUGAGUUGUAUCCACGUUAAAUUCUCAAGAUGUGAUUUCAGCUAUAAGCAAAUUUGUUUGAACCAGGAUGUGAUUUUCAGCAAUAAGCAUAUUUGUUAAUUUCUGUGAAAGGAAUAUAUGCUAUUUGAAAAAAUUGACUAUUGUAAUAUAGCUCUCCAGGUUGCUAGAA